UUCAACCUAAAGGAAUCUAGUUUGUUAUGUUCUUUUUAUGUUUAUUUUUGAGACAGAGAGAGACAGAGCAUGAACAGGACAGGGUCAGAGAGAGAGGGAGACACAGAAUCGGAAGUAGGCUCCAGGCUCUGAGCUGUCAGCACAGAGCCCUAUGUGGGGCUCGAACUCACGGACCCUGAAAUCAUGACCUGAGCCGAAUCAGACGCUUAACCAACUGAGCCACCCAGGCGCCCCUGUUGUGUUCUUAAAUAACAAACAAAAGCCGGACUGCACUUGAUUUCAUGACCAUUUCCUUGUUUAACAAAGCAGUAGACCAGCAGCCAUAUUUGCAUUUGCUUACUUGCUUUUGUAAUUUGGGACCAAGAGUUUAUGAUAGGGGCUUACAGCACUAUUACCUUUGACAUUACCUUCACAAUUCACACGCGUAAUGACUUUGCCAAAGUCCACUCUACCCACCUGGCCUUAGAGCUCAGUAAUGCUUGUCUUUGGUCAUCAGAAUUACACAGCCAGUCCGGGCACUGGAAAAACAAAUCCAACCUCUGCCAUACUCUGGAAAAGAGAGGAGCACAGUAAUUUUGCAAAAGAUUAAUAGUACCCACAGGACAAAGACGAUGAAUUCACCUGAACUUUGGAAUCCUCCGGAAGUCCAAUUUUGUUUUGCUUUGGUCAACAAUUCAUGCCCUAGAAAUGUGAGGUCUGUGCUGAGUGUGUGUGCCAUGUAUGUUGUCAUGACUGGUGCUAUAGUGAUGACCAUGUUGGGCAACCUGGUUGUGAUCAUUUCCAUCGCUCACUUCAAGCAGCUCCAGUCCCCAACCAACUUCCUGAUUCUCUCCAUGGCCACAACUGACUUUUUGUUGAGCUGUGUGGUCAUGCCCUUCAGUAUGGUCAGGUCCAUUGAGUCUUGCUGGUAUUUUGGAGACCUCUUUUGCAAAGUCCACAGCUGCUGUGACAUCAUGCUCUGCACCACCUCUAUUUUUCACCUCUGCUUCAUCUCAGUGGAUCGCUACUAUGCUGUUUGUGACCCUUUGCAUUAUGUCACCAAAAUUACCAUCCCUGUAAUAGAGGUCUUUCUACUCAUCAGUUGGUCUAUUCCAAUUUUUUUUGCCUUUGGCCUGGUAUUCUCAGAAUUAAACAUAGUUGCUGCAGAAGACUUUGUUGCAGCCAUUGACUGCACAGGUUUGUGUGUAUUGAUAUUUAACAAGCUCUGGGGGGUGUUGGCUUCCUUUAUAGCCUGCUUCCUACCUGGGACUGUAAUGGUGGGGAUUUACAUACACAUUUUCAGCGUAGCCAGGAAGCAUACUAAGCAAAUUGGCAUGGGUCCUACCAGGAAACACUUUGGGUCAGAAAGCAAAAUGAAAGUAUCAUCCAAAAGAGAAAGCAAGGCCACCAAGACUUUAAGCAUAGUCAUGGGAGUGUUUGUAUUGUGCUGGCUGCCCUUUUUCAUCUUGACAAUCACAGACCCUUUCAUUAAUUUCACAACUCCUGAAGAUUUGUACAAUGUUUUCCUCUGGCUGGGUUAUUUCAACUCCGCUUUCAAUCCCAUCAUAUAUGGCAUGUUUUAUCCCUGGUUUCGCAAGGCAUUGCGGAUGAUUGUCACGGGAACCAUCUUCCACCCUGACUCUUCUACCCUAAGCCUAUAUCCUGCAGAUACUUAGGCAAUAUUCUCCAUUCUGUAAGAUUCUUUCCUGGUAAGGAAUCUUGUUGGAUGCUCCUCCUCAAAGGUAAGGCCAUAAACUUACUGGAUAAGCAUAUUCUUCCAGUUGGUGUUAUGGACAUCUAUCUAAGUAGGAGCAAUCGAUCUAGCGUUCUAGGUUUACCAGAGCUACCAAAGUGGUUAAUUUCUGGAGUUCUGGGGAAGGCAUCUCCAAUAAAAAACUCUGUCCCAUGGCUUGCUGAUUCCUGAAUUCACAAAAUUAGAGAUUUAGAAUUUCACUCCUUUGACUUAAAUCAAAUGGAGAUCUUAUUUUUUCUUAUGAACAUCAGAAGAGGAGACAGAGUUGGUCUUCACACUUAUUGACAGCCAAGCAGAGUUUAUCUAAAUCUUUCAUGAGACUACUGUUCUAUCUUAGGGGAGCCAGGGAGAGAGCUUGAGAACAUUGGGAGUCUGGAUUAUUUAGCAUGUGAUUGACUUGGAAGGGGAGAAGGAAGCAGACAGUUGUAGCUAAUUUCAAUUUCUUUGGUUCUGACUUAAACCUCUUCUAAAAGCAUUGAUGUGAAUUUUGUAAUAUUUUGGUAAAAUUGGACUGUCUUACUGAAGGAGAAGAAUGAAUAAAUAAGAGUUUAGGAAUAUAUUCUUUCUCCCUCUCAAAAUGUAAUUAUGUAUGCUGUAUAUAUUUACAGCCUGUGUAUAUACACAUAGGUGGUAUUUCCAUGUCUUUGGGUGUCUGUGUGUACAUACUAAUUAUUCACUAAGGUUGAGUUUCAUUCACAACUGAAGUUCUUUCCCUACCCCAUAGUUUUAAGGUAAUACUUAAUGCUGCACAUGUCUCUGCAUGUCUUUUUUUUUUUUUUUUGUCUUGCUCUUGCUUCUCCUACCCCAUAAACUUAUUUUGUCCUUUACAACCUUCUUUUCAUCCUUCAUACCAUCCCUCUGUCUCUCUAAUCUGGUGGUUCUCAAUCAGGGACAGUUUUGCCCUUUGUGGCCAUUCAGUGUCUGGAGAUGUUUUUGGUUUUUACAACCAGGGAGGGAUGCUACUGACAUCUAGAGGGUAGAGGUAAGGAACACUGCUAAAGAGUCUACAAUGCACAGAAUAUCCCCCACACUAAAGGAUUAUCUGGCCUAAGACUUCAAUAGUUUCAUGGUUAAGAAAUCCUGCUUUAACCUUAGUUAACCUCACAGCUUCAAUAUUCAUGUCUAUAUAUCUUUCUCUCAAGUAUAUUUAUUUGCAGCCUAUCAUUUCUUCCAAACUCAAGCCCUUCAUUUCUUACUACCAAUAGACUGCCAUUUUGAAUGUUCUACCAAGAUCGCAAACUCAAUGUAACCAGCAUCUUCCUUCUAUGCACACCCACCACCCCAAACCCAUUUCUCUGACUCCUGCUUUGUGCCAGAGUUGAGUAUGCACCAGUGUGUUGGUUCCUCAUUAGAUUGUAAGCUUCUUCUGUGGGACACUAUGUCUUUAUAUUUUCCAUUUUGUAUCCCACAGUGCCUGGGAUGGUUCCUUUCCCAUUAAAAUCUCUGAACAUAUUCACUGGAUAACUAAAACAUAUAAACUUUGAAGAACAUGGGAGUUACUCAAAUCCACCAAGAUAAACAACUACAAAGCAAAGAAUUCUAGGCAAGAAGGGACUCCUUCUCUUGGGAAAGAAGACGGAAGAAAAAGCCUAUUUGUAAAGUAGAAAUUGAACUGAAUUUAAUUCCUGUUUUCUUUGGUCACAUGUGCACGAUGUUGUACUGGGAAACUGGGGGACAGAGCCAGAAAAGGCACAUAGUGGAAAAGGACUUACUGACUCAGAAACAUUUGCAACACUCAAAAUGAAGCUUUCAUGCUCAUAUAGUGAGAUUCCCAUGAAUGGAAGUCAGAUCUUCCCUUUCUUUCCUAAUGCCUCAGUGGUGGAAGUAUUUUACUUUAAGGUUUGGUUAUGUAGAAAUAUUGUUGAUUAUCUAAUAGAUUGACAGAUUAGGAAAUUUCAUAAAUGGAGAUGUUCAAUAGAAGGACUCUUCCAGCCAAAUAGACUAUAUCUGCAAAUAGUUUGUAUGUGGCUGAUGUGAUUUAUUUAUAACUUU